CAGAAUGAAUAGAAAUGGCUUUGCAAAUAAGUUUUGACAUUAUACAUGCGAUCUGAUGUUUACUUCGAAACAGUGGAAUCAGACGCAAUAUCAAAGUUCAUUUGCCGUGUAUUGAUCAGAUGAUCGUAUUUUUCUGAUGAUGUGGUGAUCUGCAGCCAUUCAUUCGCAAUGUUGUCAGGUUGAAGGGGACGAUUCAUAGACUGUUUUGAUUUUAAAUACAAACGCAUUUUUUGGUUCUUUGAAAAGCUUGAUUUAUCUUCUGUAAACAGUCAUUAAUGAGGCAUUUAUAUUAAAGUAGAUGAAAUAGCUCGAUAAUCACAAAUUGACAUUGAGAAUAAAUUAUUGUAAUACCAGAAAGUACCAGCGUUUUCAUUUGUUUAUUUACCAGUUUUGCUUAUCUAAAAAGAAACCUAAAUGAUCAAUUGUUGGGAGAUUAGGGAAUUUAAUGAAUUGGAUCACUCAAUGAAUCAGUUGUUUCUACCCAAUUAAUCAAGAGAGACCAAAUAAGAAAUUCGCUCAGUUUUUAAUUGUAAUCACUGCUUAAUUUUUGAUCAUUUUCUCACCACUGGGUUAUAUAAUAAAGUAACUUUAUUUAUAAGUUCUCGAACAACAUUCAAUAAGUGUGCUGGUUUAAUCUUAAAAUGUUGACUUUGUUUUAAGUUACUUAUCCGUUGGAUCUCAUUAAAACUAGAUUACAAAUACAAGGUGAACUUAACAAGAAUGGCGGAAAGGUUCCUUAUAGAGGCAUGAUGGCGACCGCUUUGGGUAUAACCCGAGAGGAAGGUGUUCAUAGACUUUGGCAAGGAGUUCAUGCUGCUUUCGCACGCCAUAUGGUCUAUUCUGGAACUAGAAUCAUGACAUACAAAGCUCUAAAGGAAAAAGUAUUCAAGCAAUCCUCCACCGAUGAGUAUUUUCCGUUAUGGAAAUCCGCAUUGUGUGGAGUUAGUGCUGGUGCUUUAGCACAAUACAUAGCGAGUCCAGCGGAUCUGGUUAAAGUUCAAUUGCAAAUGGAAGGUAGAAGACGACUAAUGGGUUUUCCACCUAGAGUGAAUGGAAUUUUUGAUGCAUUCAACAAAGUUUGGAUGACCGGCGGUGUUCGAGGACUUUGGAAAGGCUCUGUUCCUAAUGUGCAGCGAGCAGCUUUGGUCAACCUUGGCGAUCUAACUACAUAUGAUUUUGCCAAGAGGUUUAUCCUAAGACAUACCACACUACCAGACAACCAUUUGGUUCAUGUUAUGGCUUCGUGUUGCGCUGGAUUUGUUGCUGCUUCAAUGGGCACCCCAGCCGAUGUAAUUAAGACUAGAGUAAUGAAUCAGCCGCUAGAUGACCGGGGCAGAGGCCUUUUAUAUUCGUCUUCGAUCGACUGCCUGAAAAAAACAGUUCACACUGAAGGCUUGGAAGCUUUAUAUAAAGGUUUCGUUCCGAUUUGGAUGCGAAUGGCGCCUUGGUCGCUUAGUUUUUGGCUGACGUACGAAGAAGUGCUUAGAUUGAUGGGUGCGAAAUCAUGGUGAUUUGUACAGCUAAUUUGGAAGAGUUUUGAAUUAGGAUUUAGGUAAGCAGGUGGCAGGUGCUUAAUUGUUGAGUGCGUUUGUGGUAUAAAAAAAUAGAACUAGUUCCUGCUUUUUUGUAGUACAAAUUGAAUAACGUACUUAUAUUUAAAUCCGUGUGUUUCGAAUUUUUCAAAUUGUAGCGCUGCUAGCAUCCGUAAGAGACUAAGAUGACAUAUGUAAUAAAUUUCUUAUAAUGUCACAGUACUGAAUAUCUGUAGGGAAGACUGCUUAUGAUAAUUCAAAGUUAUUAUAUUUCGAUGGUCUGAUGAGUUAUAUUACAAAUUAGUUAAUUUAAACGCGCAGUUGUAAAUAGUUAUGGAAAAUUUUUAGGAAUGAUAUAUUUAAUAACGCGACAAGAAUUUCUUAGUGGACUUUUAAUUAUUUUCAUAUAAAGUAAUUAUUGAAAAUUAUUUCAACUCUAGUUUGGCAGUAUAGAGCUCCUUGACUAGUGGCUACAUUUUUACUUUUUUACAACAUAUUGGUUGCGGCACACUAUAAGUAAUUUAAAUAUUUUACCAGAUGCAAAGGGAUUAUAGGUGUGAAUCAACUUGAGAGAUCAAGAAAAGUUUUGUAAAUUAUGUCUUCAAAGGGCAAUUUAAUCUGAUUAAAUUGAACAUACAUGGGCUGAAUCUGUGAAAUCUUACGCAUUAAUACAAGGUUCCCAAACUGUUGGACUUUAUCCGCGGCACCUGAACAUUUUCUUGACAUUUCAUACGCUCUGAUGUGGGCUCUUGAAAAAUGUGGUGACCAUUUUAUUUAGGUGUUAAAUUGAAGUAAGCGUUCCGUUAAAAUUUUUGAAUUUGGAAAGUUUGGGAAACCCUACAUUAAUAAGCCGUUGCACAAGUCUGAUAAUGACAAUUUCAAAAAUAACUUGAAAAUGCUACUUACGUGCGAGAAAGACCUAUUCAAUUUAAUUUAACAUCUAAACCGGUUUGGAUAGGAAUGCAAAUAAAACAUGUUUCAUAUAACAAUAAUGUAAUUCACGGUUCGCAGGUUUGCUCAUUUAUAUUCGUUGUAGUCGCUCAUCUAUUUGAUUGCAAUCAUCAACAGUGUUGCAUCUUAAAAAAUGUCUAGUAACUUUAAGCACUUGUUAUAUUAUAAACUAAAUAAUUUGUUGUAAGCUAAUUAGUUGCGUCCAAUUGCAUGCUAAACUCUUAGGUAACAGCAGGGUUUUAUAAUUUGUAGGUCAAACAGAGUUAUUCACUGUUUUAUUGGCAAUUUUUGCUCAACUGUGAUAAUAUUUGUUAGCUCAAGUCAUUACAAUUAUUUUCUUGUGUUUAAGUCAUUGGUUUCUGAUUAGUCGGCGUUUUGUACCAAAACUUUCCUAAUAAUAAAAUUCACAUAAGUUUUAUGCCGACAUUUAAUUAAAAAAAAACGUAUGGAAAUGUAUUCAUUAUUCAAUGAAUUUCUAAGUCAAAUUAAGUACAGUUAAUAAAAUAGACGUAAUUGAUCACGAAUACAAUUUCUUUAUGUUUAAGUAAAAAGCGAAGGGUGGGUAAUAUUUUCCUAUGUAUACUGUAAUUCGCAAGAGAUGCUACUACUUGUGCAAAUAUGUAUAAAGGAAAAUGUUUAAUAAAUACAACGAACUAUUUAAAUAAAAUAAUAUCCAAGGUGUUAAAGUACAUGA